UUACCACAAGAAGAAGCCCGGAGUUUCAAACAGAAACUGGAAGAAUUAUACACGCCUACUAAGCAGCGUAUCUACUGUGGCAACAGAGACUGUGGGGAGUUUAUACCGCCUCUCAUGCACGAAUCGGAUGUUCUCGCUGUCUGUCAAAAGUGCAAACGGUCGACGUGCAAGUCAUGUCGUGCUCUUAAACACGACGGGGAUUGCGCAGGUCCCUCGAAAGAAGACGAGCAAGCAUUCGCUCUCAUAAAAAAAGAAGGCUACCAAACAUGCUCUGAAUGCGACAGAGUGGUCGAGAGAACGGAGGGUUGCUCGCAUAUGACCUGCGCUUGCGGACACGAAUUCUGCUACCACUGCGGCGGCCCGAUCAAGACUUGCAACGGA